CUGGGGACGAGCGCGUGCUGCGGGACGCUUACUCUGCGCUGGGGAGGCUGGGCGCGUUCCCAUCGCGGACGGCGCUGCAGGAUGCAGAGCGGCUCUGGAGCGAGAGUUUGACGAGAUGGGAGCGGAGGGGGCGAUCGGCGCCGCCCGACGAGGUCGCCGCCAUCCUCCGCUUCCGCGCCGCGGUGCGGCGCCGCGCUGGCGACCCAGAGGCCCUCACAGGCGUCAUCCGGCGGUCUGUGGGCCUGCAGAGCGAGGACGUGGCGCUGCUGCAGCGAGUGGCCAUCGCCGCGAUCGAUGCGAGGGCCGCGCUGGCCGCGCUGUGGUGGAGCCGAGGCGACGCCGAGAGGGCGGAGACGUACUGGCUGAGCACGUGCGAUCGACUGGACAAGCUGGUGGAUGAUACCACCGACAAGAUGCAGCUUGCGCUGGGCUUCCCGAACAGCGAGACGUACCGGUGUUCCCGGUACGAGUCAGACGACGCCUGGCUGCGCUCGGCGGAGCGGGGCUGGCCGGAGCCGGCCAUUGGCUGGCUGCGAGAUUUCCUGCGCAACAGACCGACAACGCCCCCCCGUGCCUCGUGGCAGAACGACGUGGCCGUCGGCAGGAGGCCGGGCGACGACGCUGCACCGGCAGAGCUCUACGCCCUCUACGCCAAGUUCGGCAUUUCCGAGAGGUGA